AUGUUUUACAUAAUGCCGCCNUCNAGAAGUGAAUAUUGGAAAUAUUUUAUUCGAACCAGUGAAGGUUGUGGUAAAUGUAAUAUUUGCCAAAAAAUUAUAAAAACUUCGGGAAAUACAACAAAUUUACGUGUUCAUUUAACUCGAGCACAUCCUAAGCUUCAGUUUCAAAUGAANGACAAAACUGAUAUUGAUACAACAGACACAGACUUUUCAACCUCAGCAAAACAGAGAAAAAUUAUACUACAAGAUAAAACCAAUAAAAAUAUUGUAGAUGACGAUUUUAAUUUACCAGUUAUUUCAUCUCCUAGUUCUUCGUCUUUAUCAAUAAUGUCAGGUAUGUCAAGUCAUUCACAAUCAGAGUCAUCAGUGUUGUCAUUGCCAAUUGUGAGAAAGAAGCAAAUUACUCUUGAUUCUACUUUUNAAAACCAAAAAUCAUUUUAUGAUGGAGGAACAAAAGCGGCUGAAUUUACUANCAAUCUCAUUUUUAUGAUUGCAAAAGAUAAUUUGCCAUUUGCAACAGUAGAAAAGGAAGGAUUUAAAACUUUCAUGAAGACAAUAGCACCGUUGUACAAAAUUCCUAGCCGGAAAAAAAUUACGAGCCUAAUAGAAGAGAAAUAUGAAUUUUUGUCAAGUAUGAUAAAAACUCAAUUUUUAAACAUUAAAAAUUUAUGUUUAACAACCGACAUUUGGACAGACACGAUAAAUACAAAAAGCUUUUUAGGCAUAACAGCUCAUUAUAUAUUAAAAGAAACAUAUAAAUCUGUGACUAUUGGUGUUAUAGAAUUAAACNAUCGACAUACUUCUGAUAACAUAAAACUGUGGUUGUUAAAUAUAAUAUGUGAGUGGAACAUAGAUAAAGAAAACAUUAUAGUUGUUGUAUCCGAUAAUGCAGCCAAUAUAAAAAAGGCAAUUACAGAAGCGUUUGGUACUGAAAAANACUUGCCGUGUUUCGCACACACUUUAAAUUUAAUUCCAUCGAAUAUUAUUAAAGAUGAUGCUAUUGUUAGUGAAUUCUGUAAAAAAAUUAAAAAUAUUGUUACGUACUUUAAACAUUCUGUAGUUGCUGCAGAUGAAUUGCGAGCUCAGUCAAAUCUCAAAUUAAUACAAAGUGUCGAAACUCGAUGGAAUUCGACUUAUGACAUGCUUGAACGGUUUAUUGAAGUGGCAGAUAAAGUAAGUGGUAUUCUUCUGAACCAACCUACAGCACCAAUAAUGUUAAAUGCAUCUGAAUUGCAAGCUGCAAGAGAAUUUGUUCAAUUAUUAAAACCGUUUGAAGAAGNNACUAAAAUUAUGUGCGGUGAAGAUUAUCUUACUGGCAGCAAAGUGAUUCCGAUUAUUAAUACGCUAAAAAACAAAUUGUAUAUGCUUGUACCAAAUACUGAAAUAGGUAUUCACUUUAAAAUUGAAUUAGAACNUCACUUCUCAAAAAGAUUUAUUAAUAUUGAAAAAGUUCAGCCAUUGGCGAUAUCCUCCAUUUUAGAUCCUCGAUUUAAAAACAUUCANUUUUCUGAUAAAAUUGCGUGUGCUCAUUCUAUUAACAAAAUCACGCAAAUGAUAAAUAAUACAAACGCGAAAGACUUAGAUGAAAGCAAUUAUCAAAACGUGCACAAUAAUUCGAUAGAAAGUGAUAAUUUUUGGAUGUAUCAUGAAUAUUUAGUUAAUAUAUCCAAGUCAAAACAUAACGAUUUUACAAUGGCAGAUGAACUUAAAUAUUAUUUAAAUCAACCACCAAUUAAAAUGGAUGAUAAUCCAUUAAAAUAUUGGCUAAUGAAUAUGCAUUCCAGAUUAAAAGAUAUAGCAUUAAAAUAUUUAAGUAUAAUUCCGACCUCCGUGCUAGGUGCAACUCACUGCCGCACCUGUAGCAGCACAGGGGACGCUCCACUCCCGUUCACUGCUGUCUAG